GCGCUGCCACUGCCAGCCAACCACGCUCGCACACCGCAGGUAUCCACCCACUCGUCUUUGUGUUGCGUGCCCCGCCAAACCCCCGCAACUCUUUCCCCGAUCCGGCGGCGACCACGACCUCCUCGCCGGCCCCAGCGCCACCGCCGCGCCAUGGACCCGGAGGCGGUGCGGAGGACCCUCGAGCCCACCGCUUCCGCCGCGGACAUCUCGGGCUCCACCCCUUACGACUCCUUCGUCAUCAGCGGCGUCCGCCUCGAGGCCGCCGAGCACGGCCGCGUCCUCUGCUCCUUCGUCGUCACCCCCCGUAUCGCCAGUCCCCAAGGGUACCUUCUCAGCGGCGUCACGGCAACGCUCGCCGACCAGUUGGGCUCGGCCGUGUUCUUCUCCAGCGGGGUGGGCACGAGCGGGGUCUCCCUCGAGAUCAGCGUGUCCUACGUCGACACCGCCGCCGUCGGGGAAGAAAUAGAGGUUGAGGCGAAGCUAUUGCGUGCUGGAAAAUCAGUGGGUGUUGUCUCUGUUGAUUUCAGGAAGAAAAGGAGCGGCAAAUUGAUGGCUCAGGCGCGUCAUACAAAGUACCUUGCUGUAUCUAGCAGAUUGUGAGGAUUCCCUUCAGUUAUACUAAUAUCUUCGAAAGAGUACAGUGCCUGUUUGGACUUUGGAAGGCAGGAACUGCACAGAAAAUGGCGUAAGUCCUCUGAAUUUCAUGCCAAAUUCCAGCCAGCAUUCCAAACAAGGCCCUAAGAAAGACGGGGCAGCUGGAAAGUAUAACACCUGUAAAAUCCUAUUGUAUUGAUGCUUAAUCUUCAACUGAUGGAUUACUGUAGUCUGCCCUCAUCUUGAGGGAGACAGAUUUCCCCCUCGUUCAUUAUUGUAUAAUUGGCGUGGUGACUAAAAGAUGAGUGCCCUUU